GGCGCCGGCUCGGGGGCCGGGAGGGGUCCGCGGGAGGAGGGCUGCCGAAGGGCCGGGAGUCGGGCGCGCGGCAGCUUCCGAGCCCAGUCCCCUCGCCCUCUCGGAGAAGCAGCGGCCCCGGGUUGCUCCGACAGCGGCAGCAGAGGCGGAGACUCUUGCACCCCGGGCCUGGGCGGGGGCGGCCGCCGGAGCAGGUCCGGGGAAGGCUGAGUCAGCCUUGGCAGAGGGUUCUGCCUGGGUGAGGACCUGGGCCCUGGUGGUUCCACCCCCCUCGCAUCCCCCCUUCUCCAUGGAGUCCUCAGAUCCUGAUGGACCCCAGGCCCCCCGACCAGCACUGGGCAGAGACAGCGUGCAAGUGCCCGAUGACCAUGACUUCCAGAACUUCAGAGCUGAGUGUGAGGCUGAAGCAGGCUGGAACCUGACCUACAGCAAGGGCGGCCUCGGGGUGUGGGUGCAGGCUUUGGAGUUAGACCGGCCCCUUCACAAGAUCAAGUGUCGGAUGGAGUGCCGAGAUGUGCCGGCUGAGACGCUCUAUGAUGUGCUGCAUGACAUCGAGUACCGUAAGAAGUGGGACAGUAAUGUGAUCGAGACCUUUGACAUCGCCCGCCUGACUGUGAACGCCGACGUGGGCUACUACUCCUGGAGGUGUCCGAAACCCCUGAAGAACCGUGAUGUCAUCACCCUCCGAUCCUGGCUGCCCAUGGGAGCCGAUUACAUCAUCAUGAACUACUCAGUCAAGCACCCAAAAUACCCACCCCGAAAAGACCUGGUCCGAGCUGUGUCCAUCCAGACGGGCUACCUCAUCCAGAGCACAGGCCCCAAGAGCUCUGUCAUCACCUACCUGGCCCAGGUAGACCCCAAAGGAUCCUUACCCAAAUGGGUAGUGAAUAAGUCGUCUCAGUUCUUGGCUCCCAAGGCAAUGAAGAAGAUGUACAAAGCAUGCAUGAAGUAUCCAGAAUGGAAACAGAAGCACCGGCCUCACUUCAAGCCAUGGCUGCACCCGGAGCAGAGCCCCUUGCCCAGCGUGGCGCUGUCAGAGCUGUCUGUCCAGCACGCUGACUCCCUGGAGAAUAUUGAUGAAAGCACUGUGGCUGAGAGCCGGGACGAGCGGGGGGCCGGGGGUGAAGGCAGUGAUGACGACUCCUCUCUUAAUUGAGGGACCCCUAGAACCCUGGGGAAGCCCAGGCCAGUCACUCCCCACCCUGCUGCUGCAGGGGAGGGGAGGAGAGGGCUGGGACCUGGGCCAAGCUACAUUAUGUCCUCCUUCCCCCAAGGAAGGGGAUAGGGCAGCUGCUGAGUGGGCCCUCUGCCUUGGGGGGUGAUGACAAACCUUGGGGGAUACCUCCCUCCCCCUACCCAGGCUGGUCCCCUUCUCCCAGGGCAGGGGUGGGAAAUGGGGGAGGCAGAUUUUGUAUAGAAAUAACCCCCAUUAAACUGGUACUACAGCCACA